AUUAUAUUAAACAAUCAAUAUGUUUAUUACAAAAGUUAUGCUCGUUAUGAUGAUAAUGGUUCAUACGAUGGCGAUUGGGUGAUGGACAAGAUGAAUGGGAUUGGAUUACGGAUUUAUCCAAGCGGUGCUCGUUACGUGGGUCAAUGGAAAAAUGGAAUUCGUGAUGGUAUCGGAACUAUGGUCUGGACCAAUGGAAAUUUUUAUCGUGGUGAAUGGAAAUGUGGUUUAAUGCAUGGUUAUGGAGAAUAUGUAUGGAAUGGAUUCUUCAACAGAACUUUUACUUGGCCACAAGAAGCAUCUUACACAGGUUAUUGGCGUCAUGGAUUGCGCCAUGGCAAAGGAGAUAUGAAAUUUAAUUCUGUCGGUGGAGCAAAGUAUUCUGGAUAUUGGGAGGAUAAUAAAAAACAUGGUUAUGGAAUUAUAAUUGGAAAUAAUGGAGAAAAAUUCGAGGCUAAUCCAUUAUUUUUAAAUGAUAUUUUAUGUACUGAUAUUACAAAAGAUAAUAAUUUAGAAAAUGAAUCAGAAGUAGAAGAUAAAGAAGAAUGCAUAAUAAUUAAAGAUGUGAAACCAAAAUUUAUUGAAAAACCUGCUGAAUUGGCAAAAGGUUUUGUAACACCUAUCCUAAAACCAGAACAAUUUCCAUGUUUAACUUAUUAUAUAACUCGUCUUCUGAAUCCAGAAAAUUUGGAACCGCAUUUUGAACCUUCAAUUUCAUCUGGAAGAUGUUAUAGUUGUGAAAACGAGUCUUGUGCUUGUUUACAUAUAUCUUCAAACGAUAUUGUUAUAAAUGAAAUUAUAAAUGAAGAAAACGAUUUUCCACAAAAACAGCUUUUUAACUCUGAUGUAGUGAAUAUAACAAAAUCUGAAUGGAAUUAUGAAGAAUGCUGGAUAUACAAAUGUUUAAUGAUUCAUAUCUUUCGUUUACGUCAAAUUUAUAAUGAUUAUGCUAAAUUAUUUGCAAAGCCAGCACCAAAAUGUAAUCUUGUAAUGAGCAGACUAUGUUUAUGGCAAUUAUGGAGAGAUUGUAAUAUUCAAAAAAAAAUUUCUCUUUCUGCAAUCGAUAAACAUAUAGCAAAAAAUAAAAGUACAAUAGUAAAAGAUCCCCACCAUCCAUUUGAAAAGAUUGAAAUCUGGCAAUUUUUACACGCGUUGUUAGAAGUAUCUUGGCAUUUGUACACAAAAUAUAAUAAUAUAGAAAUCGGAGAAAUGAAUGGAAAACUUGCUAAUGGUUUGCACAAAUUUUUAAAAAAUGAUAUAUAUCCUCAUAUUGGAAAUCAUAUUGGUACUUUAUGCAAUGAGAAUAAGGAUAUAUUACCUAUGAAUUGUGUUUUUAAAUUGUAUCAACAAAUUGGAUAUCCACCUUCUGCAAGAGAUUUACUUCAAUCAACAUGCAUCUUGAAUGCAAAAGAUUCACGAUUAUUUGCCACGAUCACUGAAACUAUGAAAAUAUUUCCGGAAGGAAUUAAUUCUGUGACAAUAGGUGAAAAAAUUAGUUAUUUACUAAAACUUAAUGAAAUGUUUACAUUACAUAAUUAUACGACUGAUAUAUCAAAGAAAAAUGAAAAUAAUCUAAUUAACAAAUUAUUGAUUUUUAGUCAGCUAGGAGUUAUAAAAAUGAUAGAAGUCAUGACGCUAAUAUGUCCUGGAAUAAAAGAUACAAAUACUGGAAUAAUUAUAAAUAUGGAUUAUAAGCUGACAUUUCUUGAAUUUUAUGAAAUAAUACUAGAGGCAACGAAGGAAUUAUUCUUUUUAAAAAACAAAUCUGAAAAAUUAUUACAAACGAAAAUUGAGAAGGAAAUCAAGUCAGUAGAAAUUAAUAAUUUAUAAAAAGAAAAGAGCUCUUAAAUUAAUAAACCUUCUUUGAUUCAAAAUCAUUUUCCGAAUUUAAAAAUAGAUUAAUUUAAUAUAAUUUGUUAAAAUAAUAAUAAAAUCUAAUUUUAUUUCAUUUAUGUGAAAAUUUUAUAUUUCAUGUUACUAUUUCUAGUUUAUUUCUAGUUUAUUUCACUUUAAACAUUUAGGAUAAUAUUAAAUAAAAUUAAGCAGUUUUUACUGCAAUUUAUUUUUAAAAAUAUAUUUAUAGUACGCAAAAUUGUAAUUAAAUCAAUUUAAAACAAAUAAGAAAAUAUCCAUUGAAGUAAACUAGAAUUGCAUUGGCACAUUGAUACAUUAAAGAACAAGAAUAAAAAUAAAAAAUAAAAAUAAAAAUAAAAA